AUGGCUCGUUCCAUCUUAGCUAGCACUCUGUUUCUCUUGACCCUUCUUUUGACCUCUGUCACUUCUACUCGGGCGGCUAGCAAUUCCACCCAAUAUCCUUCUGAUCCUUACCUGGACCCACGCAACGACCCAUGUAAUGCCCUUGGCUAUAUUGCUAACAAUGCGCUAACUGCCAUCGCCUUUGGUCUUGUGCUGCUUGUCGCUCUUGUCCAGACUUACCAAAUUAUCUAUAAGGGUGGGAAGUGGAUGCUCCCCAUGGUCCUCGGGGAAUACAGCACGUCUCAAUCUCACGCUUUUUAUGUUAUAGGUUUUGGGUUUCGCUUCGCCCAGCAUUAUAAUCCUGAUUCACUGGGGAUUUACAUCGCCGAAUACUUGAUGAUCGUAUUGUCUCCCUGUUUCUUCGUUGCCACGAAUUACGUUCUCCUCGGUCGUCUUGCCAGGGAAAUCGACUGUGUCCGUCGGGUCUUGGUUCCAGUGAGACGGCUCACCCUCAUUUUCGUCUUGUCUGACGUGACUACCUUUGUCAUCCAAGCGGCAGGAGCCUCAAUAACCACGUCCAGCGUUUACAGUUCUGCUUUGACAGGACUUCAUAUUUUUUUGGCCGGCCUCGUUUUACAACUGGCUUCCCUCUGUUUAUUUUGUGUCAUUUACGCACGAUUCCUCUACAAGGUCCACGCUGAAGAGCCGGCCAUUUGGAUGCGAGACUCAAAGCAACACUGGAAUAACGACUGGCGAACACUCGCCACUGCCGCGGCGAUCAGCUGUAUCUGCAUUCUGAUUCGUUCAGGCUACCGUGUUGCGGAGAUCGCUCAGGGCUUUCACGGCGCCCUCGCCUCAAGCGAGGAAGCCUUCUACCUGGGUGAUACGCUUCCCCUUUUUGUGGCCAUCGUGAUUUACGUUCCAUUCUGGCCCGGAAGGUUCAUCAUAGGCAAGCUAGCGCCCUCCGUUAACGAAUCGCAAAAUGGUCAGGAGUUGUUAUAUUCUCGCGGUACUUCAGGUUACAACCGUGAAGUGCCCACAGCAGUGCUAGACGACUACUAA